AGUUUAUAGGAAUUUCCAUGAGUAUAAAGAUAUAAUUGUUAUUUCUUAUUUAUUUUAUAGUUACAUUGCGUGGAUAUUAAUAUAGUGAACUAUAAAACUGAUACAAAAAAUCAUAUUGAAAAAAUAAAAAAAAUCAGAUAGUAGAAUCUCAAUUAGAGGAGUAGACUCGAGCAGUGUGGUCUUUACCGGCCUUCAACUUCCUGUUCCCUUAACUGGAUACAAUGGCGUCUGGAACGUUGUACACGUACCCAGAAAAUUUCAGAGCAUAUAAAGCUCUGAUCGCUGCUCAAUAUUCCGGCACGCAGAUUAAAAUUGCCGAAGACUUUGUCUUUGGAGAAUCUAACAAGACUGAAGCUUUCUUAAAAAAGUUUCCUCUUGGUAAAGUACCAGCUUUUGAAACAUGUGAUGGAAAAUGUAUUACGGAAAGUAAUGCAAUUGCUUACUAUGUUUCCAAUGAGCAAUUAAGAGGAAAAACUGAACUUGAGCGAACAGAAAUCAUUCAAUGGUUCGGAUUCGCUGAUUCUGAAAUUCUUCCUGCCAGUUGUGCUUGGGUAUUUCCAUUACUUGGAAUUAUGCCAUACAAUAAACAGACUAUUGAACAUGCUAAGGAAGAUGUGAAGAAAGCUUUAACUGCUUUAAAUUCACAUUUACUUACACGAACGUAUUUGGUAGGAGAACGAAUAACUUUAGCAGAUAUUAGUGUAGCUAUGACAUUACUCCAUUUAUAUCAAUAUGUUCUUGAACCAAAUCUACGUAAACCGUACCAAAAUGUGAAUCGAUGGUUCCAAACUGUAAUUUAUCAACCUGAAUCUAUUGCUGUAAUUGGUGCCUUUAAACUGGCUGAAAAAACGCUUGAAUAUGAUCCUAAGAAGUAUGCAGAAACGCAAGGAAAGUCUUCAUCGAAAAAAGAAAAGAAAGAAAAGGAAUCCAAAAAAGAAUCAAAGGAAUCAAAAGAAGCAAAGAAUGAACCAGCAGAAGAACUUGAUCCAGCAGAUGCAGUUUUAGCUGCAGAACCUAAAACAACAAAUCCUUUUGAUACUUUACCAAAGGGUUCCUUUGAUCUUGAUGAUUUCAAACGAUUUUAUUCUAACGAAGACGAAUCUAAGUCUAUACCAUACUUCUGGCAAAAAUUUGAUCCACAACAUUAUAGUAUCUGGUUGAGUGAAUAUAAAUAUAAUAAUGAAUUAACUAAAGUUUUUAUGUCGUGCAAUCUUAUUACUGGAAUGUAUCAACGAUUAGAUAAAAUGCGUAAAGCUUCAUUUGCUAGUACCUGCUUAUUUGGUACAGACAAUGAUAGCACUAUUAGUGGUAUAUGGGUUUGGCGUGGACAAGAACUUGCUUUUACAUUAUGUUCAGACUGGCAAGUAGAUUAUGAGUCAUAUAGUUGGACAAAACUGGACCCAUCCGACGAAAAGACAAAGGAAUUGGUACAUCAGUACUUCAGUUGGAUUGGUACUGAUAAAGAAGGACGUAAAUUUAAUCAAGGAAAAGUCUUCAAGUAAAGUUUAACGUUUGCUUACAGAUACAUAACGCUCCAUUCAGAGGCAAUAAAUGUAAAAAUUGACAGAAUUUAUUAAAGUUCGUCCCUAUAAA